AUGAAAUCAAUUUUUAAAAAGUUAGACAUAUUUUCUUCAUAAUUUUAAUUUAAUGUAGGGCAUAAUCAGCCAAAUAAAGGAACUUUAACUGGUUUUGCUUUAUCUUCUUUUGUGAUACUGACAACAAUAGCAUAUUUUAUAUAUGAAAUUAUGCUUUUUUCAAGUAACUAAAUAGAGCCCAACUUUAGAUCUCAAAAUUUUAUAACUGAAGGACUAGUAGAGACAGGUUUAAAUAAUGACUUGAUUGGUUUUAAAAUGGAUCCUGGUGAAUCUUAUGCACUUUACACCAAUGCAACAAAGACAUAUCUUAUUUAUAUGGCCUUCUUUCGCUAUUAAACAAAUGACACUUCUUAAUUUAUUCCUAUUAAAGUAAUUAACUGUACUAACCCAAGUCUUUAAGGUUAUCAGUGUUUAGAUUUUUCAAGCCUUUCAAAUUAUACAUUUGCUCUUAAUACUAAAUAGAAUUUGUAUUCUUAAAUAUAAAUAUUUACAUAUAGCUGUUUAGACUUGGAUUCAGUUAAAACUACAAUUCCUGAUAACUGUGCUAGUUAAGCUGAAAGUGAUGCAUUAGUCAAUGGCGUAAAUGCUGGUUUGAAAUUUAAAAUAUUCACUUCUUAAUACAAUACAACAUCUUAAGAAAUGUAAGUAAACUAUAGGAAUGUUAAUAUUUAUACAUUUUCUAGCUAAUCAAUCAUAACUAUUUUAAAUAUGCAAACUCAAACUACUUCAGUUAAAUAAGGGCUCAUUAUAUAAAAUGAAUCCAAAUAUUCUUCUCCUAUACAAUAUAAUCAAAUUAGUUAAAGUAUGUAAAGGUAGUCAGCCCUAAAAGAUGGAGAAGGCCCAUACAGCUUGAUUAUGCUUUAAAUCGAUGAAAUUAUAUAGAGAGUACAAAUUCAAUACUCAACACUUCCAUAAAUACUAGCUCUUGUAAAUGGUAUUUUCUCUCUCUUGUUACUACUGGGUAUUAUUGGACGAUUAAUUUCAUCAAAACGAAUAGAACAUGACUUUUUUACGCUGUUCUUAAAAAACUUUUAUACUGGUAAAUACUUGAGUAUACUCAAAUAAAAUAAACUUCUUCAAUAAAUAUAAUCCCCUCUAAUUAACAAAUAAGUAUCUAAAAAUGAAAAUGAAAUUUUGAGUAAUAAUUUAAUUAACCUCCCUGUAAAGAAUGGAAAUAUGAAAAGUGAUUAGAUGAGUAAUUAAGAACUUAAUAAUGAUAAAAAGUAAGAUAUUGAAUUAAUUGAAAGCAAUUGCGAUCAGUUCGUAGAAAAUAAAGAAGAGCCAAAUGAUAAUUGCAUUCAGUUUCCUAACUUAGAUUUCAAGUUUAAAAAGCAAUUAGAUAAUAAAAAAAAUAAACAAGUAAUAAAUUCUUAAAUUUAAUUUGAUUUGAGUGAAAAAAAUUUGUGUGAAUAAGAAAAAAAAUUGGAAAUAAAAAAAGAGGAAAAAUUUAAUGUAAGAGAAAAGCUAAAUAUUAGUCAUAACUAAGAUAUUUUUUUAAAAAUAUAAUAAUAAUAAAGCAUUAUGUAAGAUGAAGAGGCAGUUACUCCAUAAUAGAGGGAAAACAUAAUAACUAAUUUUAACAACUAAUAUAUUUCACCUCAGGAGAGAAGCCCAUAAAAUUAAAUGAUAUAAGAAGAAAAUACAAAUUUAAACAAAUAACCUAGUACAGUGGUUUUUAAUUAAGCAACUAACCAAUAAAUUGUAUAAACAAAAGGUUAAUCUUAUGCUUAUCUUUUAACUGAUAGGAAAUUUUAAGAACCUAAUGACUUGGGUUACUUGGAUAACAAUAUUAAUAAGCUAAAGGCACUUCAAAGUAAAAGCCUGACAAAAUAAAUUAUGAAUAGCAUUUUUAGUUUCAAACUUUAUAAGAAGAAAAAUUAAUAAAUAUCUGAUGAUCUUGGAGAGCAACAGAAAAAAAUAAUUUUAGAACAUGUUAACUAAGAUUUAAAUAUUUUUUCAUUUUAUAAAGAUGUUAUAUUCCUUAAAAAGGCUGUUAUGCUUAUGUUAGAUUCCUAAUAAUUAGCAGCUAUAAAGCUUUUAGGUUUUUCUUCAGAUUUUUUAGACUCAGACUUCAAAAAUAUAAGCCCAAAUGACCUAGAGCAACUAACUAAAGAUAAAAAACUAAGUUACUUGGAGGAAUAAUUUAUAAUAUAUUAGUCAGACGAGAUAUAAUAAUAAAAACUUUCAUAAUUUUUAUUAAGACUUUAAAAUCAAGAAAAGGGUAAUGAUAUUGAUUUUAGAAUAUUAUCUUCUAUACCAUGA